AUGGCAAAGAGCAGACGACUGAUCUUCGACCCUGUCGGCCUAAUCGAACUUCUGCGCGUGGCCAAACGCCUGUUAGAUCGUACAGACACCUAUCCAACAAAGAACGAGGAAACCAGGCUGCUAUGGGCUGCUUCGGCGCUUCUGAGCAGACUUGCCGGCGUGGACUACAGCGACCGCACAAGGAUGCUCUUUUUGAUCAUCCAGUUCGAAGACGAUAGCGAAUUUCUGCUGGAGAUGGCGCAAGCCUUGCAAAACGUAACCUUUUCGCAAACCUUGGCAGAAAUGCGAAAUGUCACCGCGAUGGCAGGGUCCGGCCUGUUGUCGGCCGUAGGUGGAUUUCUGGAGAAUGUGUUCGCGCAUAACGCUACCACUGCCAGCAGUAGCAUGAAGAACUGUUGCUCUGUUUUGACCCAGGUUGAGAAAAAUAAAUUUGGUCUUUUUAAGAGGCCCAGGCGCUUGAGCAGUUGGACGGAUGGCGGUUAUCUGAUGCCUAACUUCAAGAUCUACUACGUAGAAAAAGGAAACUUCCCUCUUGACAUCCCUAGUAAAUGGCCAAAGAAGGCAGGAGAAGAAGAAGAAGCUGUCAUUAUCAGUUUUGUCAGGUUCGAAGCUGUCCUGCCAAAUAUAACGCUUGAUCUGCUGGCCCUACCUCGCAUAGCCAAUUGGACAGCAGCUGAUCACAACCAGACUGGAGAUGGCAGUUUAAAACCAACCGGAGGUCUGCUACCGAUCAAUAGCGGGAUCCAGCGUGUGUCUGCGCUGACUCCUCGUCUCACGCAAAACGUGGAGGUCCACUAUGAGGCAGCUAUCCCCCUGAUUGUACAAAACGAAUACAAGGCUGUGGCAUUUGCUCGAAUCAACGAUGCUAUGCACUGGAAAGCCAGAGAGACUGCCGCGGUGGGGAGCUCUGAAAUGGAGUUUGGCGUGCAGUGUGUCCACUGGAAGGGUGCCCCCGACAAUCACUGGGAUCCCUCUGUCUGUACACAAGUUACUGGCAGUCUCACUUCUGUGACCUGUCGCUGCAAGCAGGCGGGCAUCUUUGCAGUAGCAAUGGAGUCGCCGGAAUUUGGAGGUCACCCAGCCUCUUACUGGUGGGUCGCCGGCGCCCCCAGUCUGCGAGUUUUCAAUCUGCUCAAGGUUUGCUUAAACGCCGGCGGCAAUAGCCUCUCCUUCCUGGCUCUCAUCAGUCUCUGUGUUUAUCUCUACAAAAAGGAGACAGAACCUGAGCUGGUUGGACAGAAUAAAAUUAAAAUUAAUUUCACACUGGCUCUGGCAGGCUACCAUCUGAUUUUCAUGUUCAUUCCCUUUCUUGAGCAAUUCAGGGCUGGUUGUCUAUUUAGCAGCCUUGGUCUGCAAUUAUUCGGUUCAGCCUAUCUGGCCUGGCAUAUGUGUCAGUGCUUUUACCUCUUUGGAGCCCUCAUCAAUGGAACACUGGCCAAUACUAUCAAACUGUACAUUUUUAUUGGCUGGAUAGUCGGCCCUGUGAUAGUCUUCAUUGACUGCGUUUCCUCGUUUGAUGACUACGGCCUAGGACGGUUAUGCCUACCUGGACCAGAAUCUGCUAGCAUGUUUGUUUACAUUUGCCAGGCGGCUAUCUUGCUGCUGUUGUCUAUUGUCUGCUGUUUUAUUCUACUUUGCAACGUGGACACUCCAGCCUAUCUGAAGCCAUUAAUAGUGGAAGCACUGCAGUAA